AUGGCGAAUAUAAAACAACAGAAAUGGAUUUUUAAAGAUCGUUCAGCUGUUGUUAGUGGUAUGUUUGGUAUACCAAUAACCUUCUGUUUACUUAUUCUUGCAAUUUUAAUGCUUGGUAUUUUUAUUAUCACAUGGUCAAUUGAAGGUAAAGUUCUUGUCAGAGUUAUUGGAUUCAAUUUACCUGUUAUUAUCAAAAUCAUGUCAUUAGUGUCAACUCUAGCACUUUUUAGUUUCCUAAUUAAUAGCACCGGUGUCAUUUAUUUCGUUGUUUUUUCAACACUCAUAUAUUUCAUCUCACAUUCAAUCUUAUUAUCUGGAAUAUUGGAGUUUUUUUUCAAAUUUCAAGAAUAUGAUAAACCAUUUAUGGAUAUGACAUAUUAUCAUCCAAGUAAUCUUGAUUUUUAUUUUGUAAUUGCAAUUUGUAUGUUGAGGGUAUUAUUAGGAAUACCAUUCUCAUAUUAUUCUCUAGUAUUAUUCACAAUACGUAAAUCUGGUGGUACAGGAUUCAGAAGAAUACCAGCAUUUAAACUUGAAAUCAAUUCACUUAUAGAACAAGCUAAAAUACUCAAAAAAAGAUAUGAAUAUGUAAUUAAACGUAAUGCAAUAUUUGAAAUUUCUAAAUCACAAUCAUAA